AUGGUACGCGAGAAGCCCGGUUCAUCGCCUUGCUGUAUGGACGCGGGCAGUGUAAAAGUGGUGGCCUGCGAUAAUCAGCGAUCAGCUGACCUAUACAAACAGGCGGUAGCACUGCUCGGAGCAGUUUACGAAGGGGCGAACAUAGUCGCACUAGAUUGGUGUGACGUCCCCAGUAGACCACGAGCCAGAAUUUGGCUCCCAGCAGCAAUCGUAUCACCGGAGGACAUCCUUUAUAUGUUGCAAGAAUGCAACCCACAUCUCCCCACAAAAGACUGGAAAGUCGUUAAGGUGGAGGAGCACGCAGGUGACGUGAACCAAGCGAUCGUGGUGCUGAAUAAGGAGUCGGUCGCUCCCAUAGAGGCUGCUCGGGGAACGCUCAACUAUGGUUUCAGUGCCAUACAUAUAAAGAUUUACAAAGGGGACUCUAAUUCCUCGGGAAGUCCUGCCGGCAACCCAGCUGAGCAGGUGCUUGCGGAGGAAGUGGAGGCCCCGGUGUGCCGGAGGACGGCUACUCAACCGACUCGUCGCUGA